AUGGAUGAAACUGGUGGUGAAUGUGUUUAUCAAGAUAAGUGGUACGAUGUAGACGUGCUUUUCAAUAUACUCUCAAGGCUUCCGAUUGAGUCAAUUUUAGUAUGCAAAUUCGUUUGCAAGCAUUGGCGUCGGUUGAUAAGUUGUCAGGCUUUCAUCGAUGAGCAGCUACUCUGGUCUCGGAAAAACUCGAUUUACUUGGUUUAUCCAUUCAUGGAUGUCAUGUUGGAGUUAUAUUUUGUGAAGAGUAGCGGCGAAAUCGCUAAAACGAUGAACUUUCCGUAUUGUGACAACUUUUCUCCGAUUACGUUCGUUUGUUCCUUUGAUGGUUUACUCUGUUGUAUCAACUAUCCAUGGAAAGUGGACUUGAACAGGGUGGUUGAGGAUGAAACCGAUCUGGAAAUCCGGUUCUGCAACCAUGUUACAAGAAAAGCUCUAUUGAUUCCAAAAGGUAGCCCAUCCAAAGAAAAGCCUUCCAUUGGGGUUGCUUUUGGUCCAAAAAUCAAUGAAUACAAGAUAUUUCGAUUUUUCUCUGCCAAGCGCAUAUCCCUAGCUAAACAACAAUCCCGUGUUAAUCGUGGACAAUGUGAGGUAUAUUCAUCGAGCACCAGAUCUUGGAGUGUCAUGGGUCGUGUAACAUUCUGUCCGAUGCAUCCUAGACAUAGCUGCCUAGGGUCCACCCAUGUUUUCGUCAAUGGAACAAUAUAUUGGUUUAUUGCUUCAGAUGAAGAUCAGAUGAUUCCGGGCUCGAUCCUUACGAUUGACAUAGAAGAAACCUUUGGAAGAAUUAACCUCCCGAUGGAUGUCACAGAGCACUCGUACUUGGUUGAUCUCAAAGGCUGUUUAUCCCUAGUUACUGUACAUGAUGAGGAUGAGAUCAUGGAUAUAUGGAUUCUCGAAGACAAGAACGAACCUAAAUGGGAACUGAAAUGCAGCGAUCAAGUCCCCUUAUCGAAUGACGAAUGUGUCGAAUUUGUAGUUGCAAGGGAGAAUGACAUUUUCGUCAUAGCUUCAAAACAUUACUACAUCUAUGAUUCAGACCACAAAGUUUGGAGAAAGCUUGAUAUAUCCAUGGCUUUUGAAAUGAAUUUUCCGGUCGCUUUCACGUACACUGAAAGCUUUCUUUCUUCUGUUGUUGCUGCUGCUUUUGCGGGUGGUGGACGGAUUGAAUACAUCUCCGACGAAAGAAGCAUAUGA